AACGGUAUUUCGAAGUUGCAAAAUUUUAUUUAAUUCUACGUGAUUUCAUCGAAACAUCAGACUCCGGCGUGGUAUAAGAUUAAAUCUACCGAAUAAUAGUUUAAAAAAGUGAAAAAUCAAAAAUUUAUAAUUCACUAUUUAAAAAAGUGAUUUUUAGUGGUAACUAUAGUGAAUAACGACUCUUACUCUUUAAUUAUUACAAUAAUUAACAAAAAUUGUAGUUGUAAACAAUUGAUAAAGAUAAUAUGGGUACUGAAAUUUAUGAAUAUCGCACAGCAGUGUUUAAAUCUAUUUCAAAUCAUCAAAUGGGACGUUAUAGCUUAUUUUUUGAAAAUAAAAUAGUUAAAAAUGAACCUAUAGCAACGACUGGACCUUAUGCUGGAUACACAGCAUUGCAUAUAGCUUGUAUGGAUGGAAAUAUAGAAUUGGUAAGAUUAUUAGUUGAAGACUACCAUGCAAAUGUAAAUGCUGUUGCUGGCGAUGGAGCUCAACCUAUUCACCUGGCGUGUUUAUUCGAAAAUUCGAUUCCUCGGGAACUUAUAGAUAUUUUGUUAAAAGCUGGUGCCAACGUGGAUGCUGAAAUAGAACAACAACUUUUUGAAAAAUACAUUAGAAAGAAAAGGUGGCUCAACGAUUUUGGGAAUAAGAUGACUUUGUUAACUUAUUCAAUCCUAUAUGGUAUUAAUAGUACGUGUCUGGUAGCGUUUAUAAAUGGCAACGCAAAUUUAAAAGUUAAGAGUCGAAACAAUAAAACACUGUUGAUGUAUGCCAUUGAAAAUGGGCAUAGCUCACUCGCACUGUCACUCAUAGAAGCCGUAAAAGACCAUGAAUGGAUAAACGCUCGUGAUAGUGAUGGUUAUCCUGCUACCCACUAUAGAUUACUUCUAGAUGAUUCCAGAAAUAGUCGAUGCUUUAAUAAUAAUGACACGGAAUUCAAAGAUGAUUUGAGUAGCGCUAUUGUGAUUCGCGAAUUACUUGAUGCCGGUGCUGAUGUUAACGCAACUAUCAAUAAUGAUCCAAAUAGUCUAUUGAUCAAUAUAGCGGCUCUCAAACAUUUUCCACAAACACUGUGUGAAUUGUUGCCUUAUUAUGACAAUACUUCAAAAUCAACGGCUUUGCAUUACUUAUUACGUCCACCUAAAACUCCACAGACAGAAUCCACUAUUUCUACAAAAAGGGCAUGUAUCGCGUUGAUUCUAAAAAACAUUAUUUAUAGACGUACGUUUGGUUUUUUUGUUCCUGAAGAUGAAAAAAUAUUGAUGGACAAGUUAAUUGCUGAAGACACAUAUUACAAGAAGCUAACACACACCUACAAACAAAAUGACGUUCAAGGAGAGUUAAAAACAAAAGUACUUAAGUAUGAUGAUAAAACUAUCACGUAUUAUGACUUCAUAAUGUCUUGUUUUAAUGAUAAAAAAUUACGAUUGAUUGUGCAAAAUAAAUCCUUAAUGGACGCUUUUGAGAAUACCUUCCCAAACCCUCAUUCUUAUUUUAUUCAUAUGUCAUUUCUUAAUAAACCUGAUAUAACUUCUUAUUCUAUGGAAUGUUUUAAUGAUGUUGAUUAUUUUUUAAUCCGGAACCAAAUUUCGAUAAGAAUAAAAAAAACUUCAAGAAGACUUGAGCAGUUAAAAGCAUUAAAAAAAAUAGAAAAUCUCUAUAAAGCUAUCCCUUUGCCAUAUGAAUUGGUAAUAACAAUAGUUGAAUAUUUUAAUUAUCAAGACUUUAAAAUUUUUAUUCAGGCUUUUUAUUUAUAAUAUAUUUACUUUUGUAAACAAAAUCGAAUAAUUGUAUUUGUAGUAAAUAAUAACGAAGGG